AUGGAUGAGAACCUGAAAAAUAAGAAUUGCAUACCAAAUCUUAAAAUUUGUCUCCUUUCCCACAAGUCCCCGAGAGCAGCCGCGAAGAGAGAUCCCGCGCUCAACCACCGAUUCUCGGCCGCGGCCUCCCUCGGCCCCUCCUUGAUCCCUUCCUCCUUCCCUUGGUGGCCGCCGGGGACGGGGAGCGAAGAAGCGUCCCUUCCUUCCCUCCGUUGGUCGCCGGGGAGGAGGAGUGAAGAAACCUCCCUUCCUCUUCCCCUCCGGUGGUCGCCGAGGACGGGGAGCGAAGAAGCCUGUUUUCCUCCUUCCGUCCGGUGGUCGCCAGGGACGAGGAGCGAAGAUGUUCUAUGGGGCCAUGGUGUGGGAUCCGUGGCUGAUCGUGUCGCAGAUCGUGUGCCUGCAGUGCCUCUACUACUUGUCGCUGGGCGUCGCCAUGGCGCUCCUCGUCGGCACCCGCGUCCCGCGACUCACCCUCCUCUACCUCUUCGACUUCUCCACGCUCACCCCGCGCACCCCCACAGGUUGGUGCGCCAUCGCAUCAUUCCUCCUCGCCGCCGUCACUGGAGCUGGGUUCAUGCUUUAUGUGAUUGAGCGAGCCAAAAAGUGCCUGGACUUUGCAGCAACACUCUACAUAAUCCAUCUCUUCAUUUGCAUUGUUUAUGGUGGAUGGCCAGCUUCAGUUACAUGGUGGGUUCUUAAUAUAACUGGUUUGGCAACCAUGGCUCUCCUGGGUGAAUACCUAUGCAUCCGGCGGGAGUUGAAAGAAAUUCCAAUAUCACGGCUUCGUGCAAGUCGGAGAUGCCAAGGUCCCCAAGGUCAAUUGGGUGACAAGUUUUAACCCAAGUCAGAAGGCAAUGACCACCAGGGUUUUCAAAUCGUCCGAUUUAUCGCGAUUAAUCGGUCUGGUCGGUCAAACGUAGCCGAUUACGGUCACCAACCCGAUUAGGUGGCCUAAUCAUCCAGAUGUCCGAUUUAUCGUCCCUUAAUCGCGAUUAGGUGGCCUAAAUUUAGAAAGCAAAUGCUGCCAUGCAUCAUUACUGACUCGUCAUUUUCUGGAUCUGAAACAGUAUAUGUAUAUAAAAUAAAUUUGAUAUUUGGUAUGGUUGAGUGCCCACGUGUUUCCUUGCUAAUUAUCAUAGUAAAAACAUCACUGAAACGCCAUGUUAUCUCCGUUUCAACCCAGUUGUUCAUCAGGGAAAUCAAUAAUAUUAGAGUUCUUAUCUACCCCUGCUAUAAUAAUACCAGCAUGGUUAAUGGUUGAAAAAUGUCAUCUGUUAGAAUAAAUGUAUCUUUUAGAUUGGUCAACUAUUUUGAAUUCGAACAAGCAUUAAAUAUUGCUGGAUUCUCGAAAUUUGAAUUUGGUUCUAGUACAACAUGUUGGUGCUUUCCUUCUUCCAUGAUUCUUUUUUUUUCAUACUGACUUUUGACCUUACUUUCCAUCUGCUGA